UGCACUGAGAGGAUUAGAAUAUUUAUUCAACUUUUCUUUAAAUAUUCAACAAAUAUAUUUUGUUUAUUCGAAAUGGCAGAUAAAGUAGAAUCUCCAGCUGUACCUGCAGUUGCAACUCCUAAGAAGGCGGCAACUCCUAAGGCGAAGCAACCUCGCACAAAAGCCGCUCACCCACCAGCAUCUGAAAUGGUAGUUGCAGCUAUCACAGCUUUGAAGGAAAAAGGCGGUUCUUCUCUACAAGCCAUCAAGAAGUACAUUGCUGGUACUUAUGCAGUUGAUGUUGAGAAGCAAGCGACUUUUAUCAGGAAGUAUCUUAAAGCUGCUGUUGCCAACAAGACGCUUAUUCAAACCAAGGGAAAAGGUGCUGCAGGAUCCUUCAAAUUGAAUGUCGCCAAAGCUGAGGCCAAGGCAAAAACCAAGACUGCUACAGCUAAACCUAAAGCUGCUGCAUCCAAGGCUAAGAAAGUAGCAUCUCCGAAGAAGGCUGUAGCUGCCAAGGCCAAGAAAGCUGUUGCCGAGAAGAAAAAGACUCCUAAGGUUGCAGCCAAACCACCAAAGGCCAAGUCUACCACUGCCAAGCCUAAGGUGACCAAGGCUUCUCCCAAGAAAGCAAAGGCACCUGUUGCCGUCAAGAAAGCUGCACCAAAACCCAAAAAGACAGUGGCAAAGAAAGUUGCAAAAAAAUAAGGAGGGAAUGUUAUAUGACAGUAACAUUUUCACAACUCGUCGAUAACAAACGGCCCUUUUCAGGGCCACAAAAUAUUUUUUACGUAAUGGUUUGUUUUGUUCUUUCAACAAAUAUUUUAUUAAAAUACAAAUAAAUUGCUAAAUUACACUAAGUAUUAUUUUAUAAUACAAUUAAAUCAAAAUAAAAAUUUAUUCAGAAC